AUGCGUAUUUCUCUAGGUUACACGUUUGUGCCAUUGCUACUUGCCCUGGCCUUAACCAACCAGGCUUUUGCCGCAGUCUACCGUCCAGUUAAUGACGAUAGCAGUGAUGAAAGCUGUGAGGAUACGAAAUCUGAGGUGCAAUGCAGACUGAAACCUGCUGACGAUCCCGGCUGUUAUUUAGAACUCGUUCCAAACCAUGGCUGGAUGCAACGAUCAUGCCCAGAGGGGACAUUGUUCAGUGAAAGGGACUGCGGCUGUUCCGUUUCUCUACCUCAACAAGACCAAGACGACAGCGACAGUAGCAGUGAAGAGGACAACGGUAAAACAGCGCCUGUUGCCUGCACUCGAAAACCAACCCAUGAUAGAAGAUCUUACAUGCAAUUCGUAGAGGGUAAGGGUUGGAAUAGACAAUCCUGCCCUGAUGGGACAGCUUACAGUGCUGAGGACUGUUCCUGCACUCUCUUCUUAUCCGACGACAGCAGCAGCAGUAGUGAAGAGAACAUUUGGGGAAAAGCCGAUGCUAAAGUGUGCAACCGAGAAGCUGAAGAUGACAGCCAUUUCUAUAUGGAGAUGGUCCAGGGUCAUGGUUGGAUACGACGAGCUUGUGCAAAAGGAACAAUGUUUGAUGCUAGUACCUGCCGUUGUUCUGCAUCCGAAGAUGGUUCAAGUGACAGCAGCUGUGAAGAUGAUGAUUCCGAAUCUGAAGAAUGGGACGGACAUUGUUUAUUAAAAGCAACAAGCAGCCAAAAUAAUUUCCUUCAAUUUGUCGAAGGUCAUGGUUGGAUGACCCGACAUUGUCCAAAGGGCACUGCCUUCAAUGCUGGUGACUGUGGUUGUACAGUAUCUGUCCGUUCCGAUGAGAGUAGCAGCAGCGAAGAAGAUUCCUGGCAGUACCAAUCUUAUGGCAAGAGUCAAAGCGAACGAUCCGGUUAUGAUGAUAGCAGCAGCAGCAGCAGCAGCAGCAGCAGCGAGGAAGACAGCAAUCAUUGGCGUCAGCAAACUUAUGGCAAAGGCCUUAGCGUACAUGAAGGCGAUGGCGACAGUAGCAGUGAAGAAGACGGAAGUUCUUGGAAUACCGCUAAUUAUCGCAAAGGAGCCAUUCCUGCAAUAACGAAAAACCAACCCAUGAUAAAAGCACUUAUUUGCAGUUUAUAG